UAAAAAAGCCCUGCUUGCUUUCCCCUUGUAUGGUGACCAAACAUCGAGGGAUCUUUUCUUAGUAGCUGUUUUGAGAAAAGGGGCUGCCCGACAGCAGCAAAUCAACCUCCAAAUCAUAUGUCUGGCGCUAGAAACAUGUAAGGGGCGUCUCCCUCCUUUUCCUCAGAAGACUAUGCCGGCUAGAAAUAACCGUAAGCCACUUCAUUCUUGAAGGGACAGAAUCGAGAGAGGCAAGCGGGCAGAAAAGCAAGCAGCGCAUGCGCCCAAAGCAACCGCUACAACGGUUUUUCUCUUCGACUUUCCGUUGUCCCCAGGCGCGCGCGCGCGCACCUGAGGGCCAGCGUGCCUUAGCGCAACCCGCCUUUUUAAACGUACAAUCAGGAGUGGGCGGGACCCCGGACCAAAGCCUAUCGGGCGCAAUCUUUUGGGCGCGAGCGGCGGCCAUGACGCAGUCAGUGGUGAUUCAGGUGGGACAGUGCGGGAACCAGAUAGGUUGUCGUUUCUGGGACCUGGCAUUACGGGAACACGCCGCCGUUAACAAGAAAGGAAUUUACGAUGAAGCAUUAAGCAGUUUCUUUAGAAAUGUGAACACUAGAACAGUUGGUGAUGAUGCUGACAUUUGCAGAGGAAAAAUCUGCUCCUUAAAAGCACGUGCCUUGCUCAUUGACAUGGAAGAGGGUGUAGUUAAUGAAAUUCUGCAAGGACCACUGAGAGAUGUCUUUGAUAGCAGGCAGCUAAUCACAGAUGUUUCUGGCUCAGGAAACAACUGGGCUGUGGGUCAUAAAGUAUAUGGCUGUCAAUAUCGAGAGCAAAUUGUUGAAAAGCUGAGAAAAAUUGCAGAGCAUUGUGACUGUCUGCAGUGUUUCUUUGUCAUUCAUUCCAUGGGAGGAGGCACAGGAUCGGGUCUUGGGACGUUUCUGCUAAAGGUGCUAGAGGAUGAAUUUCCAGAAGUAUAUAGAUUUGUUACUUCAGUUUAUCCAUCUCGUGAGGAUGAUGUCAUUACAUCUCCUUACAACAGUGUGCUGGCUAUGAAGGAACUCAGUGACCAUGCAGAUUGUGUAUUGCCAGUUGAAAAUGAAUCUUUAUUUGAUAUAGUUAGUAAAAUAAAUCAGAUGACCAACUCUGGAAAGUUAGGAUCAGCUAUAAAGCAAACCAGCUUGCUGACUUCAAGUGUGGGUGCAGUAAACCAUAAUCAGGAGAAGCCCUUCGAUGCCAUGAAUAAUAUUGUGGCUAACUUACUGUUGAAUUUGACAAGCUCUGCUAGGUUUGAAGGCUCUCUUAAUAUGGAUCUUAAUGAAAUCAGUAUGAAUUUGGUCCCCUUUCCUCAACUUCAUUAUCUUGUUUCCAGUUUGACUCCUCUAUAUACAUUGGCUGAUGUUAAUGUUCCCUCUCGAAGACUGGACCAAAUGUUUUCAGAUGCUUUUAGCAAAGAUCACCAGCUGUUACAAGCUGACCCAAAACACAGCUUGUAUCUUGCCUGUGCCUUACUCGUCAGAGGAAAUGUGCAGAUUUCAGAUCUUCGUAGAAAUAUUGAAAGGUUGAAACCAUCACUUCAGUUUGUCUCUUGGAACCAAGAAGGUUGGAAAACUGGUUUGUGUUCAGUACCUCCUGUGGGCCAUUCCCACUCUUUGCUAGCGUUGGCCAACAAUACCUGUGUGAAGCCUACUUUCAUAGAGCUCAAGGAGAGAUUUAUGAGGCUGUACAAAAAAAAGGCUCACCUUCAUCAUUAUCUCCACAUCGAUGACAUGGAGCAAAGCUGUUUCUCUGAAGCAUUCUCCUCUUUGUCAGAUUUAAAAAAGGACUAUAAUCAACUAGAUGCUUCUAACUGUGGACCAGCAAUAGAUCCACCAAGACUGAAGAUAGCAAUGUAACAGUUGAUGGGCUUGUUAAGGAGAACUUUAGAAGGUGACACAUUAGAAAACUAUGCACUGACAAUCUAGUGCCACACGAAGGACUGUUAUGUACAGUUCCAAUGGGGAAAACCAGACAAUAUUUUCAUUUAGAUAAGCUCAACAGAUUAUAUUUUACAAUGAUUAGGAUAAAUGUCAUUCUGAAAGGAUAAUGAAAAUACUGUUUUACAUCAGAUUUCUUGUAUUGCAGAGACACUAGAUUUCAUACAUCAUGGAAUAAAAGGGAUAUUGGAUGUUCCUGUUUGGUAUACCUCUACAUAUAUGUAUUGGAUGUGCUUUUAAUGUAAAUACAGUACUAUGUUUGAAGAUAGGUAUUGUGUGGAAGGAAAUAUAUUUUGUGAAUUUUUAGCUUAUUUGUAAAUAUUUGCCAUAAAUUAUACUGCUGUUAAAUUUUUCAUUUGCAAAGUAAAAUACACAGCUAUAGAAAAUGCGA